AUGUGUUACUAUGGCGGAUACUAUGGAGGCCUGGGCUAUGGCUAUGGUGGCCUAGGCUAUGGCUGUGGCUAUGGUGGCUAUAGUGGCUUUGGUUAUGGCUGCUGUCGCCCACUGUGGUAUAGAAGGUACUGGUCCUGUGGUUUCUACUAA